GGGAAGGGGAAAUGGCGCUCCUGGUGCGCCUGGCUGCCGCCCUGGCGCUGCUGCUCCUUCUCCCUCCAGCAGCUCUCGCUUUCAACGAGCGCGCUGAAGACCUGCUGGAUCUGCAGCAGGGCUCGCGCGAUGGAGUGAUUCAUUUCAAGGAGGACAGCUUCGAUCGAUAUGUGCGCGGCUCCGAGCCCCGAGGAUACUCGUUGGUGCUCUUCUACGCAGCAAAACAGGUUGCAGACAAGCCGGAGUUGGGGAUGCCUGCUCUGCGGAAGGACUUUGGCCUAGUCGCACAGAGUUAUCAGAAGACGCAUAAGGGGACGCCAGAAGAGCUCCUGGUCUUCUUCGCAGACGUGGAGUUCUCAGAGAGCCCGAAUGUGUUUGCUGAUACGGGGGUGAAUGCGGUGCCGCACAUCAGGCGGUUCCCGUCGGUCGGAGAUGGCAGCGCCGGAGAGGAUACGUUUGACCUGAACUCAUUCCCCCGCACCGCGGAGGGCAUCGCCAGCUUCGUCGAGGCGCGCACCAAGCUCAAGGUCGGCGAGAUCGUGCGGCCACCCCCGCUCUCGAAGCUCCAGGUGUCCCUCAUCCUGGCUGCCGUCCUUCUUCUCGGGCCCUACAUCGGUUACAAAGUGCUCUCGCUCCCCGCCGUUCAAGAGCCAAAGCUCUGGGCCAUUGCCGCAAUUGGGGUGUACUACUUCUCCGUCAGCGGAGGCAUGUAUAAUAUCAUCAGAGGGAUCCCUUGGGCGACCGCCGACGAGCGCGGGAAGCCCGUGUUUUUCCACCAGGGGCAGGGGUACCAGCUCGGGGGGGAGGGCUUUUACGCCGGGCUGUUCUACCUGGUGACGAGCCUCCUGCUGUUCAUCAUGACGUAUGUUGUGCCGCGCUUGAAGAGCAAGUCGUCGCAGCGCAUCUGGUCGGCAAUCUGCCUGUUCCUAGGAUUCUGGGUGGUAACUCAGUUUGUGGCGUUGUACAAGUGGAAGUCUGGGUACUACGUGCACGGUUAUUGGCCGAGGCGGCGAUAGGCAUGGAGGUAGACGCUUCUAGCGACUUACAGGCAGCAAUUUACGGUCUGAGGAUACCGGACCCCUGUUUUGGACAGAUCGUUCAAGGUAAGGAAUUGGUCAGAAAGGGACUACUAAAACAAAUCAUGUGUUUGUUUUCUUAGACUUCGAUUCGGAAGGCAGGGAAGAACGUUUCUUGCUGAAUUCGACUGUAAUGAUUCAAAUCC